AUGACGCUGACCAUGGAGGACGUCGUCGCCAAGCUCCGCGCCGACGACGAGCUCAAGGUCUUUGUCGCGCCCGAGGUACCCGUGACGGAGAUCGCGAGUGCGAUCAUCGCAUCUGACGCCAAGCCCACAAAAGACGCGAGCGCCUCGAGCGGGUCGGAAGAGUUUCUGCAAAAGCUAUCGGUCGCGAUCCAGCACAUUGACUCGUCCAUCGAAACGUACGUAAGCGCGUCGCACAUGGAGCUUCUGCGCCAAGUUGGGUCCGUCGAUGGGCUCAAGCAGCACGUCACGACACUGCACAGCGACGUCACGGACGUUAAACAUGCAAUCGACCGCAUGGACAACGACGUGCAAAAGGUCCGGCGCGUGCUCUCGCGCACGAUCCAGCAGCUGCGCAAUGUAGACACGUGUAGCUCGAUCGUCCAGCGUCUCCUCCGCUUCCAGACGCUGGCGCUUGGGCUGCGCGCGCUGUCGCCCAUCGUGUUUGCUGCGCCGGCCGACGACGCCGACUACUACGCUGCGUGCUCCAAAGCGUCACUCGCACUCUACGAAGCCGAGCUCUUGUUGCAGUCGAGUCAAGACGCGUCGCGCUUUCAAAGCCUCUCGCUCGUGGCCCCCGAAGUGCCCCAUCUUCGCAAGCUCCGAGCCCACUUGGUCAAGCAAAUGAAGACGACGCUCAAGAUUGGCAUGUCGUCGACCGACCAGACAGCAAUUGCAAGCACGCUCCAAGUCCUCUACCAGCUCGGACUCGACACGUUCUCCGAGACAGUCCAAGCCUGCGUCAACGAAGUACUCCACGACUUCGAAACCAAAGCCACGAACAUGCUCAAGGAAAGCCACAUGGCGACGACGACCAACGACGGCGAUGCCAAGGCGGCCGACGCGUGGAUCGCAGCGCAGAACGUUCUCGAUUUGCUCUCGUCGUACGCGCUGCAAGUGUGGCACCUACAGCGUGUCCUUGUCAAGCUGCCGAGCGGCGGGUCGACCAAAGCGUGCUUCUUCGAUGCGGUUGUGCAGCCGGACGAGCCGUCGCUCGUCUUGACCUUUUGGGACAUUGGCUGUGCGCUCCUCUCGGAGCUCUUCAAGAAGGCCAUGGAAUACCGGCUGAGCGUGAAGAGCGUGCUGAUUGGCCACUACCCGCGGCUCCGCGCCGAGGCUCUCCGCAUCGUGACGGCGUGGGCUGCGACGACGGCGCGGCUCUUGUUGGCCGACGCCGGGCGUCCCCACCGCGCCAUGGCGCUGCCGAUAAACUCGAUGCAAGCCGAGCUCCUCGAUGCGUUCCAAGCGAUUGCCACCAAGUUCCAAGAGCGAUCGGGCGACCGCCUUUUGCAUCCGAUCACAAUGAUGUUUCCGCAGUCGAACGGGUACCACCCGUCGCCGCCAAGCCGCAGUGACAUGCACACGCUGCUCAAGAUCCUUUCGGUCGAAGUCGACGCGGGCGGCGACGACCCCGUCGUUGUGUGUAUGGUGCUGCAUGGCGUGCGUCGCGCGGUCGAGCAGUUUUGCGCCAACAUUGCGUCCACCGCGCAUGCUGGCGCGUCGGCGUUAGCGCUGCCACCGACGUCGGCCCGCACGGUUGCCCACGCCCACAACAUGGCACUGCUGCACCUCUGCCACCAGCUCGACGACGCGCUUCUCGAGCUGCCGAUCAACAAAAGCGAAGGCGUGGCCGAGGCCAUUGCGGGCCCGCUCGCGUCGCUUCGCGAGCCCCUCGAGCGGCUCUCGCAGCGUCUGCUGAGUGCGUACUUGGACGUUCUCGCAACGCGCUGCGAAAGCAUUUUCGCAAGCAUGCACGAUGAGAGCUUUGUCUCGAACGUCACCACCGACCGCUUCAUGGUCGAGUUGACCUCCGUCUUCAACGUGCUCUUGACCGAGCACUUUGGCCGCCUCGGCCUCGACGGCGCGACGAUCGCGACGACGUGUCUCGAUGCGUUCUGCAACCGGCUCCUCUCGGCGUUUGCGCGGCACAUUGCGCUCGUCCGGCCGCUCAACGACCAUGGCAAGUGCCGCUUGGUCAACGACAUGGCGCAGCUCGAAGCGUUCUUGAGCCGCGUCCGGCCGCUCCACGGCCUCGUGUUCGAGGAGUUUCGGGCCAUGAAGCACGUCCUCUUCCUCGAGAACGACCGCAUCUUUCGCGACGCGCGCCUCGACAAGGUGCGGCCGAGCAACGUGUGGCACCACGUGCUCUCGCGGGCUCCUGCGUCGCUCGCCCUGCCGCACAAGACCAACAACAUAUCGGCCGCCGCGUACGUCUUGUGGAUGGAGACCAGCGCGGGUCUCGACGCGUACAGCCCGCCGACGCCGCCGUCCGAACUGCCGCUUGGCCGCGCGAGCUGGAGAGACCGCACGCUCGCGCUCGCGGCCGAGCAAGCCAUUUGGGCAAAUGUCGCGAGCACGCUGGAGGCUUAUGCGCAGCGCACGGCGGCCUUGGGACAACCCGUGGACCAUAUCUAUGACCUAAUCACCGCGUUUGGGCCGUCGCUCCUCGCCGGCUACGAAGUCGCGACCAAGGCGUACCUCUUCCCUUGA